AUGGGGGCCAGUGCAAAGCGAAAGAAGGAGAAGCAGAAGGAUUUUCAGAAACCCAAGCUCAAGGUCGGCAAGGCCAAGGCGAAACCAGAGAACUUCACCGACACCAGCUUCCGAUCUAAAGCCAUUGUCCUCAAUCAACAAUCCCUUCAGAUUUCUGCCCCAUCCUCCAACAGCCAGUUCACGCACCACCUCUCCCUCCUCUCUUCCAAGUCAGACAACCAACGACGUGAUUCCCUGGCCCAUCUGACCACAUCUAUCGCCUCACGACCAGUUGAUUCUCCCCUUCCACAGCCAGUCAGUGUGAUGCUUCCGUCCCUGCUUCCGCUGAUUCUCGACGCAAACAACAAUGUACGGACACAGUUGCUCAAGCUUCUGCGAACCCUUCCUCGUAAUGACGUAGAAGAUCACGUCGCCCAGCUUCUGCCAUACAUCCGUGCUGGUAUGACGCAUCUUGCAGCGGAUAUUCGUGUGUCCGCAGUGGAGAUUUUAUCGUGGAUGGUGGAUGCCGCGGGCGAAGCGGUGGUUUCCUGCGCCGGAGGGUGGAUCAAGACCCUGAACUGUUUUCUGUCGAUGCUGGGGUGGCACACGGAAGAGUCUGCGCGAUGGUCCUCCAACCGGGCAUCAUUCGGAAAGUCUGGGAGCCAGGGAAGACCUAUGGUGAAAGUCCUCGGGACGUUGGCGGAAUUCUUGGAUGCUGGCGUUGGACAGCCGGGGGUGUCCGCCGAGAACGAAUCAGAACAGGACAAUGGAUCUGCGGCCUGGGUCUUCCCACUCUGUCAGACAAAUCAGCAUAUGAUCUCCGAGUCGUCCGCACCGUAUGCGUACUUGAAUUUAUUUGGUCAGCCACGUGAUGAGGAGGGCGAGAUGUAUGAAACCCGCGAGGACCGCUAUCGGGUUUUCUCGACUCGCUUCUUGCCAGCUAUUGAGCGUGGACUGAGGAGCGCUCGAGAAGAGGGUGGUGAGCUUGGCCGCGCCUCAUCUGGCGUAAGCAAAGUGCUAAAAGGAACCUUAGCAUAUGGGCCGGGGCCUUGA